GCCGCUGCGCAUUCGACCUUCAUUUCGCUCUGCUGUUUUCGCCAGGAGGCCGCUCACUAGUAGACUUCGACAGUCUCCACACUCUCUCUCAUUUAUCUUCAAGGCGCCCCUCGCCUUGUCGCCGCUCUUACCUUUCUCAUCCGUCUGCAAGAGUACGAUUCCCCGUACCUUCUUUUCUUUCUUCAGUGUAGUCCUUUACUAUGCUUUCGUCUCUUUUCCUGGCGUCCUCGACGCUGACUGCCAUUGCGGCCGCCUCUCCAAUUGAUCCCCCACCUAGCAAAGCCGAUGUUACCACCACUGCCGCCAGCGCAUGCUCUUCCGUGAGCUCCAUGAUCCUCAAUGGUCCUGCGACUUCGACUCCUACGAUUCCUGCCGGCAUAGCCUACGAGUGUCUCACCAGUGUUCCCUUGAACAAGACUGCGGCCCUUGAGCUUCUGGAUUCAGUCAAGCCCUACAUCACGUGGCAGAGUACUACCUCCUACCUGAAGAACCCUCCGGCCGACUACGUCGCGAAGGUCCAGCCGGCAGUGGAUGUAUGGCAGAACGUGGCAGACCUUGAGGAAAUGGUCAACAACGACACCUUCACCGGCGAGUACGAAUUCGGCUGGGCGGUGUACAGACUGUUCCAGACCCCUCAUGAUGGACAUUUCGUCUACGUCCCCGACUCGGUCGGUUCCAUCUUCACUUGGGGAAGGACUGUUCCACUCGUCUCCGUGUCUGAGGAUGGCCAGAAGUUGCCUGCAAUCUUUGCAUACCCGGAUGUUCUGCGGGCCGCAGGACCCGAUUCGACCUUCAUUCCUUCGGCUAUUGUGAAAAUCAAUGGUGAGGAGGUCACUUCUUAUCUUGAAAACUGGAGCCGUUUCGGCUCUCUCCAAGACCCCGAUGCCCUUUACAACAACGUUUUUUACGAACUGGCCCAGAUUCAGCUCGGCUCGACUGGAAGUGCCACUGGCACCUUCACCGGCGGUGGACGCGGCAGAUGGGCAUACCCUGGCGCCGAAACCAAAUUCGAAUUUGCUAAUGGCACGACCAAGACUUACGAAAACUUUGCAAGGUCUCUCGUCUCCUUCAGAGGUGUUGAGAACGGUACCGCGCUGGCUAAACGCUACUUCUACUACGAGGGCAGCACUGCAUCUGCGGCCGUCGCGGCCGCCGCGAAUGCCGCUAAGCAAGAUGUUGCGGCGCCUGCUGGAAAUGAUGUUACUGGCGCUGAUGUAGCAGCGACCACUACAGCUAACAGUCGCCCGACGGCUGCCCCUGGGUACCCCGAGCCGGUCGUCUAUCAGAGGAAUAACUACAUUGCCGGUUACUACCUGGAAGGAGAGGAUUACUCGGAUGUCGCCGUUCUGACCGUACCGUCCUUCGUCAGUCUAAGCAGCGCCGAGAAGUCGUUCCAAGAAGUCGGUACGAAGUUCUUGGCCAUGGCAAAGGCUGCUGGCAAGAAGAAGCUCAUCAUCGACCUCAGUGCCAAUGGAGGUGGAACCAUUCUGCAAGGUUAUGACUUGUUCAAGCAACUUUUCCCCUCUAUCCUUCCGUAUGGUGGCAGCCGUUUCCGGGCCCACGAGACGCUGGACCUGCUUGGACAGAAAUUCUCUCAGCUCUCCGAAGGCUUCCCCAGAGAGCUUAGUAUUGUCGAGGAAAACUAUACGAUGGCAGACAUUGUCUCAAGUGCCUUCAACUACCGGACGGACACUAACGCUGAUUACAAGCCAUUUUCUUCCUGGGCUGAGAAGUACGGCCCGCACAAGUACAACGGUGAUGAGUUUUCGUCCAUUAUUCGGUGGAACUUGUCCGAUCCGUUGAACCUUCUGAACAGCGGCGGCAUUGAAGUCACCGGCUUUGGCAACCGUACCAACUACACCACACAGCCAUUCGAGUCGCCCGACGUCGUUAUGCUUUUUGAUGGCUACUGCGCCUCCACCUGCACAAUCUUCUACGAACUCAUGCGCCAGCAGGCUAACGUGACGAGCAUUGCGCUUGGUGGCCGUCCGCAGUACGGCCAGAUCCAAGCUGUCGGUGGUACCAAAGGCACCAACAACUUUGGCUGGGCUGCCCUUCAGGUGUGGGUGCAGACAGCUUUCAAAUAUGCGACCGACGAAGAGAAGGAGAAGUACAACUCCUCGUACCAGAAUACCUAUGCAUCUUACACGCCGUUCAACCGGGCGGCCAGCACUUCCAACGUCAACGUCCGCGACGGCAUCAGGAAGGACGAUGAGACUGGAACGCCGCUUCAGUUCAUCUACGAGCCGGCCGACUGCAGGAUCUUCUACACGGCGGAGAUGACGCUAGACGCCUCGGCGAUUUGGAAGGCUGCGGCGGACAGCAAGUGGGGUGACAAGAGCCAUUGCAUCGAUAGCUCAAAUGGCAAUGCCAAGAGAGACGAGACGAUCAGCAAGAGGGCCGUGGUCCCCAAGAUGAAGAAGAGAGACUUGGAGCUCGAGAGAGCGCUGGAACUCUACACCGAUUACAGUCAGUUGAGACUGGACGGCGACGGCUUCAUGUUCCCGUAAAGGGACUAAUGAGUAAUUGGGAAUGACGAGGAGUUUUGGGUUCGGAUUGGUAAUGUUCUAAUGUCUGAUUAGUUCCAUAGCACCGGCGCCUUCCUUGGUUGUACGACGAGGGUAGGGAGUUGGCUUAUGAAGGGAA